GAAGAUGUCCCUGCUCGUGGCAGGGGGUUGGACUAGAGGAGCUUUAAAGGUCCCUUCCAACCCAAACUAUUCUGUGAUUCUGUAGCUGAAUUUUAAGUAUGUAUAUGCUUUUCUGUUGGAGUUAAUUCCUAAAUCUGACUCUUUAUUAAACCCAUUUCUAACAGCAGUUUCACAGAAGUAUCUUCCAGAAAUGCAGGAGGGAACUCUAGAGGAAAAAAAGUGUUCUCAACCCAGGUAGUGGAGUUCAGCAAGCAGAAUUGCUAAGAGAUGGGACUGAGUCUUGCUGGGAUGGGCUCUUUGGGAUAAGGGGCACUACUUCAAGGCCACUGUGCAAAUCUCUCCCUUUAAUAGCUUGGUCUAACCACUUUGGAAAAAUUCCCUAUGUGGAAUCAGUGAGCUGUUGCUUGUACUGUGACUAUUUAUGUCCUGCAUCGAGAUUGAGGGGGACUGAAUAUGUGACAGCUAUCUGGGUUUGAAUGGGGGCUCAUUCCUUCCCCCCAUCUCUUAUUAAAGUAUAAAUAUAUACUAAAUGCUGUGAGUAAUCUGGAAUUUGAUAUUAAACUUGAACUGAUGAAUGCUGUGGCAUUGGGGAAAUCAGGGUUUAAGUUUCAAGCUUUCCUAGUUUUGAUUUGCAGGAGUGAAAAGUGUUGUAAUGGACACUUUUUUAGAAAUGGGUUCAGUGUUCUACAACUUCUGUGUAUUUAGUACUUAGGAAGGUUUUGGUUGUUUGUCCUCAUUGUAGUCCAGACUCUGAGUGGCUCACAGCUCCCCUAAUUCACUGUGGUCUUACCUGGGUAAGGUAGGUGCUAAUUAAAUCUGUGGUUUUUUGGUCAUACAGCUUUCCCACUAUUCUGCUCUGAAAGCAGCAGCAAAGACUGAAAAGCAAACCAGGAGAGUAGAAAACAUACUCUAUUUUUAGGACAAGAUUGGCUUAUCUUGUGUUUAUCCCAGCUAGGGGGAUAAUGUUUCCAGAGACUUCACACGAGUAAAGGCUGCAUAAGGGUUGAGUUAAUUUUAACUGCCUGGCAGUCAGCAAGCAUGGAGCCUGCACAAGAACUCGAGGAGCUGGGAUCUCAGACAGAAAUGGUCACAGACACAGUUCUUGAGGUUGGAGAAAGACUCUUUCAGGUCAGCCGUAGGGUACUUUCAGUACACAGUCGUUAUUUUGAAGCCAUGUUUUUUGGGGGGGCAAGAGAGAGCUCUGAAUACCACAUAGUGAUCCGAGGGAUCGAUGCGGUGCCUUUUCAGGCACUACUUGAGUUCACUCGCACAGCCCAGGUGCUUAUAGGUCCAGAAAAUGUGAUCAGCUUACUGGAAACAGCUGAUUUUUUUCAGUUUGACAGGGUGAAACUGUUGUGUGAGAAAUUUCUGGAGAGGGAGCUGCAUGUUUCCAACUGCCUGGGCUUGAUGACCUACUCGCAGCAAUUUGCCUUUAGAGAGCUGCACGUGGCUGCCAUGAACGUGGCUCUCACUCACUGGGGGGAUGUGAUGUGCCAGGAAGAAUUCAAGGCACUACCCAAAGAAGUGCUGAUGCAGCUCCUAAAAAGUGAUGACCUCUUCGCUUCACGAGAAGAUGUGGUUUUUGACAGUAUUAUGAGGUGGAUCAUGGAGGACCCAGCAACGAGAGAGGAAGACUUUCUGGAUUUGGUGGGCGAAGUCAGGGUCACUUUUCUGAGUUUGUCCUUCCUCGAUACCUUGGUGAAACGCAGCAAGCGCCUUGGAGAGACAGAUACCUUUUCCAGACUAAUAAAGAAGUUAGACAGCUGUCCUCCACCCAGCUGGCAAAAUACGGAACUGUGUCCUAACGCUGGUCGGAGCUAUGACACCCUAUAUGUCCUGGGCGGAAAGCAUGAAAAGGAACAGCAAGAAUUAUUUCUCUUUCAACCUAAAACAGGGACUUGGCAGGCUUGCUCUCCCCUGCAGCGCAGGAACCUCACCCAGUAUGCAGUGGCAGCAGUAGGGAGCUUCCUUUUUGUGACGGGAGGAUAUUUCCGGGAUGAGUUUGUGUGGUAUAGUGUGGAUUGGGUGCUUAUCUACAAUUGCUUGGACAACAGCUGGCUGGAAGGGCCUGCCAUGAAGAAGUCCCGCAAUAGCCACUGUGCAGUAGGAGCAGGGCUCUACCUGUACGUCCUUGGAGGGAGCACAGAUGAGGGGAUAAUCCCAGCGGUGGAGCGCAUGGCCUUGGUGGAGUCAGAGUGGGAAAGCAUGAGUCCUAUGGCUCAACCUGUGGAGAGAGGAGAUGCGGCCAGCGUGGGAACCAGGAUCUACGUGGUCUGUGGCCUGGAUGAAAAUGGACACGUAUAUGAUGGGGUGCAAAGGCUGAACACAGAGACGGACAGCUGGGAUGUCAUCUCAUUCUCCCCGCUUCCAAGGUAUGACCUCUGCAUCACACCACUGAACGGUGCUCUGUACACCAUAGGAGGGGGAGCCUUUCGAUUUGAUGUGGAGACAGAUGAAUGGACACAGGUGGAUGAGGAAUGCUUGACUCAGAAGUUCUUCAUGGGGUGCAGCACUGUGAAUGGACGAAUUUAUCUCCUUGGACAGAGGAAGGGGAACAGUGCCCUCCCUGUUGUAGUCCUCUUUGAUCCCUACGCUGAUACGUGCGAGGUCAUAGAUAACAAACUCCCUUGCCCCCUUCCUAUUCACGGGUGUGUCUCUGUGAGAAGAUUUGAUACAUGGGCAUGAGAGAUGCCAGAUCCAGCAUAACUAAACAGUCAUGUGCUUUACAGCUGAUGGGAGUUAGAUCCUGUCAAGUUUAGUCUGUGAAAUUUUUUUAAUUUGAAAAUAAAUCUGUUCCUUCAUAACUUUCUCUUUUUCCCUGUCUGGUAA